CUGGCUAUCUUUUACUCCCCCCCUCCCCCUCCCCCUUGUGACUUUGAAGGGGGAGAAGAAUAUGUAGGUAAGACGGUCGACUUUACUCGAGGCGAGGAAAAGCCUGCCGACCUUAAUUUUUUUUGUCUCUUCACUAUACUAUACUGCACCGACUACACAAAUACACUGUCUAGCUGUCCACGGUUUCAAGUGACGACAAUUGCUCGAAAUGGCAGGCCUCCUCCCCCCAGCGAACCUCGCCCUCGACGGCGGAGCCGAUCCUCGAACGCUGCCGUCCGCCUCGCAGGCAACCGAUGUGGUAGGAAGCAUAGCAGCCUCUUACGGCCCACAGAGCCGAAAGGUCAGCUUCGAGGAGUACAUGUACUACGCGUCGAUCACGCGCGCCGAGGAGCGAGAAGCCAACGCGCGGUUCGUCGCUGCGCGGGGCCCGCGGAAUUUCAAGAAUGUGGUUAAGGGGAGGUUCUCGACGGGGCGGAAGGAGCGUGCCUCUGCUGCUGCUGCUGCUGUCCCUGCUCAAGUGGGUAGCUCGCUCUCGGCGGGAGAAAAAGAUGAGAAGGUGCCGAGAGAGGAUGCGCACCAGGUCGUCGCGAGCGGGACUAGCUCUAGCUCUAACCACAGUGGAAUUACGCCAGAGGAAAGGCAGACGGCGGGGAGGGCGCUGAGAACGGCGAGCUGGGGGACGGUGUUUUAUCUUAUUACGACGGAUAUUCUGGGCCCGACGGGAGCUCCCUGGGCAUUCGCGCAGUUGGGCUACGGGCCUGGCAUCGCGCUGUACACUGUCUUCGGGGCGAUGUCGUAUUACUCAGGCUGGAUCCUCUGGAAGCUCUUCUGCGGCCUCGACUCAGACCGCUAUCCGGUCCGGGGCUACGGCGACUUCUUCUUCCGCCUGUUCGGCUCGGGCGCCCGCCACUUCAUCAACGUCGCGCAGGCCAUCCUGCUGCUAUUAAACGUCGCCGUCAUCAUCCUCAGCAACGGGCAGAGCAUCUCGCAGAUCAGCCGCGGGCCGUCGGGUGAGAGCAUGGGGAUUUGUUUUGUGGCGUGCAUGCUUAUCUUCAUGGCGCUCGGGUUUUUUCUCGGGCAGAUUAGGACGCUGCAAAGGCUGGGGUGGCUCGCGAAUCUCUCGGUUUGGGUCUCGAUUGCGCUGGUUUUGCUAUGCAUGGGAUCUGUGGGAUAUGGUCCCAAUUACGCUGCGAUAGAAACAAGCUUCGGCAUGUCAGCGGACAAGCCCAUCCAAACAUUUGCGGGAACACCUCCGCCCGGUAUGGCUACAGGGGGCGUGGGCUUCAUUGCUUCUUUGAACGGGUUGAACGUGGCGGUAUACGCUUACGGGGGAGCGCUACUCUUUGCCGCUCUCAUGGCUGAGAUGAGGCAUCCCUUGGACUUCUGGAAGAGCCUUCUGGUCGCAGAGAUGUUCAUCUACGGGGUGUACCUCUUCUUCGGGAUAUUCAUAUACUCGUACCAGGGCCAGUACACCUACAACCCCGCCGUCCAAGGCAUCGCGAUCUACAGCAUCCAGACGGCGGGAAACAUCCUGAGCCUGAUCAGCAGUAUCAUCGCCGCGGUGCUGUACAGCAACAUCGGCCUCAAGAUCGUGUACGUCGAAGUGUUCCACGAGCUUCUGGGCUUCCCGGACCUGACGAAGAGGGCGGGCAAGAUCUGGUGGGCGGCGCUGGUCCCUGUAUACUGGGCCAUCGCGUUUCUCGUGGGCGCGGCCGUGCCGCAGCUCUCGUACAUCGUCGGCUUGAUCGGCGCGCUCUUCAUCCUCUCCUUCACCUACACCUUCCCGGCCUGGCUGGCUAUCAGCUACUGGAUCAAGAAGGACGCGAUGGUCGAGGGCGUGGAACGGUUUGACCCGGUAACGAAUACGUACAACUACGUCGAUCAGGGGUGGAAAAGGUGGAGUCGCGGGUUCAUGAAGAAGCCAGUUUUUAAUGCAUUUAACAUCAUUUAUUUCUUGGGCGCCCUGGUGACGUGUGCGCUGGGCUGCUAUAGCAGCAUUGAGAGUCUGCGGCAGGCUUUUGAGAACAAUAUUGCUACUAGUCUGUCAUGCACGCCGCCUCUAUGAUUUAGAUAUAGUUAGGUAUGAGUAAGGUCGGUCGAAUUUGGACUUGUUGGCAGAAUUAUGUUACGUGUACCAUCAGCGUGAGGACAAUAUGCUUUGGUGGGAUAUUUCAGAACCAAAUCGUGUGAGAUAAGUAACAUGAUAGAGAUGGAGAGAAACUCUUGCUUUGGUAGAGAAAUUCUGAGAGCCUUUUGUCGUAUACGAAGACGCUAUAAUCUAUUUGAUAAGUGCCUCUCCCUACCUAUAUAGGGGGUGGUUUGGCCAAGCUAGUAUUCUGGCAAUGACAUAUUGGCAGGUGGCCUCCAGAAAACUUUUAUUAUGCAAAUAUUCGGGAAUCUCGGAAUUCGAAUCUGGUGAUCCUAGUGUAAUGUACUGCUGCUAGAUAGGUCCUCGUUCGGUCAUAUUCAUCUGAAUAAGUGUAGUAGGUGAUA